CUAAGAGAUUCUAAACUCAGGAAAACACGUUCUACUUAGUUUAGGUAGAGAGUGAUUUGGUUAUUGUAUACACAGAGAUCAUAGAAAACAACAUAAGUACCAAAAGAAAUGGCUUCCUGCAGCAGUCUCCUGUCUGAAGAUCAGUUCCUGUGUUCUAUCUGUCUGGAUGUGUUCACUGAUCCUGUCUCUACUUCAUGUGGACACAACUUCUGCAAGGCCUGUAUCACCAAGUACUGGGACAACUGUGACCUGUGUCAAUGUCCCAUGUGUAAAAUGACUUUUGAUAAGAGACCAGAUCUCAAUGUCAACACUUUCAUCUCUGAGAUGGCUGCUCAGUUCAGGAAGUCAGAGCCACUGAAAGCUGCCAUCAGUCCAGACCUGCGUCCUACUAAUCCUGAAGUGUCUUGUGACAUCUGUACAGUGUCUUGUGACAUCUGUACAGGUACCAAGCUCAAGGCCCUGAAGUCCUGUCUGGUGUGUCUGGCCUCUUACUGUGAGCCUCACCUGGAGCCUCAUCAGAGAGUUGCAGCCUUGAAGAAACACAAGCUGAUCGACCCUGUGGAGAACCUGGAGGACAGGAUGUGUCAGAAGCAUGACAAACUGUUUGAACUCUUCUGUAGGAAAGACCAGACGUGUGUUUGUGUCAUGUGCAUGAGAACAGAUCACAAGACCCAUGGCUUUAUAACUUUAGAAGAGGCGUAUGAACAGAGGAAGAAUAAGCUGGGACAGAUGAUGGCUGAGAUGAAGCAGAUGAUGGAGGAAAGAUCUAGGAAGGUUCAGGAGAUCAAACUUUCAGUAGAGACCAGCAAGAGAGAUGCAGAGAGAGAGAUAUCAGACAGUGUUCAGGUCUUCACUGCUCUGGUGCGCUCCAUUGAGAGAAGCCAGGCUGAGCUCAUUGAGGUGAUUGAGGAGAAGCAGAAAGCAGCAGAGAAACAGGCUGAAGGGUUGAUUCAAGAUCUGGAGCAGGAGAUCACUGAGCUGAAGAGGAGAAGCACUGAGCUGGAGCAGCUCUCACACACUGAGGACCACCUCCACCUGCUCCAGAGCUUCCCAUCCCUGAGCACCCCUCCACACACCAAGGACUGGUCUGAGAUCAGUGUCCACAGUGGUAUGAGUGCAUGGGCAGUGAGGAGAGCUGUGUCUCAGCUGGAGGAGACACUCAAUAAAGAGAUGGAGAAGCUGCCUGAAGUUAAGCUGAAGAGGAUUCAGCAGUAUGCAGUGGAUGUGACUCUGGACCCUGAUACAGCACAUCCCUAUCUCAUCCUGUCUGAGGAUGGGAAGCAAGUGAGACAUAGAGACAUAAAGCAGAAUCUCCCUGACAACCCAGAGAGGUUUAAUUGUUGUGUCUCUGUGCUGGGAAAGCAGGGCUUCUCCUCAGGGAGGUUCUACUAUGAGGUGCAGGUUGAGGGGAAGACUGGGUGGGAUCUGGGAGUGGUCAGAGAGUCCAUCAACAGGAAGGGGAGGAUCACAGCGAGUCCCAAGAAGGGACAAUGGACUGUAUGGCUGAGGAAUGGAGAUGAGUAUGAGGCUAAUGCUUCCCCCUCUGUCCUCCUCUCCCUGAGACAGAAGCCCCAGAAGGUGGGGGUGUUUGUGGACUAUGAGGAGGGUCUGGUCUCCUUUUAUGAUGUGGAGGCCAGGUCUCAUAUCUACUCUUUCACUCGCUGCAACUUCACUGAGAAACUCUAUCCACUUUUAAGUCCCUGUAUGAACAAUGAAGGUAAAAACUCUGUCCCUCUGAUCAUCACUCCUGUCACACAGUGAAAAAGUAAGAUGUGGAAAUGCUGGAGUUCAAAAGAAAAUGUGAUUACAAAUUAUACAUCUGAACAAGAGUUGUGGGUCUGAGUCUGUGUCCCACAGACUAAGGCCUUGACUCAUGGCCUGGGGUUCAAGUCCAGCCUGGAGCAUUUCAUGCUUUUACCUUACCUUACUACCUUUCCUGUCACUCUUCCACUGUCUGUAUCAAACAAAGGCACAAAUAUGGUAAUUUUUUACAGUA